GAAGGAGGAGGAGGAGGAGGAGAAGGUGGAGGAGAGUGAAUCUGGAAUAGAACCUGAGGUCAGUUCGGAUGAAGAGCCAGCACUAUCAGCUGUGGAGGCAGAAGUAGUGUGUCACGUGUCAAAGGUGAUAGUGGUAAUUCAAACCAUCACCCCUGAGGAGCAACCAAUAACGCCAGAGAUCAAAAUGAAGAAGCCACCAGCUCCAAAGGUUGUUCCUGCAACUGAUGCAGAAAUGGAGCCACCUUUACAGCCACCUUUUCAGCCACCUUUCUUCAACAUCACUGAGAAACCGCCCUCCGUGACUGCUGUACCUAAACCCGUGGAGUCUGUUCACAGCCGCUCUUUUGAUGCUGAAGAGGAGGAACUAUGGUCUAAACCUCUGCCUAAACAAAAGGUGGAGAGAGCUUCUUCUGACAGAGAACCAAAGCCAAGGAGAAGCUCAGUGCUUCAGGUGAAGGCAGCCCCUAAGCAGCCAUCCAGGUCGCCAUCUCCUAAGCUCUCAGAGGAGGACUUGGAGCGCUACGUGGUGGAGGACGGGGAGAACAUCAAGAAGGAGAUGGCAGCAGUGAGGUACCGAUUGAGUGUCGACGCACAGAGGAACAACCUGAAGUUGUUAAACCAGGCAGACAAAAAUGCAGACAUUUCCUCCAAACUCUACCAACUGGCAAAGCACACUAUCAAGCGCUCUCUCAAUGCUGCUGAUCUGCGCCUGUCCUGCCUAAUGAGGAAGUAUAUUGCCCAUAAAGCACUGAUGCAAGUUAGGCACAGUCUACAUGUCCAGCUGCUGUCUGCUCGUGAGUUGAACGAUGGCCAGGCACUGAAUGAAGUGUACACCUUCCUGUCUAAACUGGAGGAAUAUGAGCGCGCGGUGAUGAAGCGCUUUAGCGCCAGGCAGGCUGCCACUGACGAGGAUCGCGUCAUGUACCUCACACGCACCACCUGCCUCUUUAAACAGAUCAGAGAGGAUUGUGGGGUGCGACUGAUCCUGCCGUACUCCAGCAGCUGUGACUCCCAGCGGCAGCCUUCUCUCUUCAUCAGGUCCCAGAGGCUGGUUGUGGGUCCAAGGCCGGGGUCACGGUCACGGUCACAGCCCCGGCUUCAGCGACCCCCCACCGCACCCGCCCGUCUGCAGCACCAGGGAUCAGAGGACAUCCCCCGAAUCAUGUGCAGCCGAGUGACCAGAGGCCCGGUGCAGAGCAGCGCGCCUCAGGCCACGCCUAUGUGGGACAUGAAGAGCAUGCUGCACAACAUGGAGCUGGCCCGCAAGACCCCCAUGCCGCCUGCCACCAUGCCCAUCCUGCCACGCCUGCUGGAGAUGGACAUCUCUCAGAGGAGAGUGAAAGCUCUCCGCAUGGCACAGUCUAGGAUGGCAGGUGCAGCCCCGCAGCCGGUGGCCGUAGGAGAUGCAUGGGUGGCCUGAACCCUUCUAACAGUGAGUGCACGCCCAGAUCAAUAAAGGGUACGCUAUACUCUAGCUCAAGCCUCUGUUGUGCUCUGUCCCUCUAACAGUGAGUGCACGCCCAGAUCAAUAAAGGGUACGCUAUACUCUAGCUCAAGCCUCUGUUGUGCUCUGUCCCUCUAACAGUGAGUGCACGCCCAGAUCAAUAAAG